AUGGAGUCGACAGAAGCAGGACCGUCGCCGGAAACCCGACAGCUUCAAUUUGAGCAGGGUGUAGCUAUCUCGCUACACCUAUGGCUCUCGCUAACAGUCGCGGUGCAAAACGGACUAGGCGGUUCCGACUCCGAGGAUAAGCGCGACUGGUUCGCCGGUGCGAUCGUCGACAUGUUUCCUAGUUUCGUCGACCUCGCCAAGCCGCGCAAGCCUAGUCAAAAGCCCCUUGCUGAGCCCGACGCUGAGGAUGUUGAAGCCACCCUGCUACAGGUAAUGUGGGACGAGUUUGAGACGAAUGUCGACGAUGACUCCGAGGUUGAGGUGGCCGAGCGCAUCGUCAAGGUCCGCACUCAAUGCGCCGCCGGAGAUUUCGAAUUCAUCGAGGAACUAAGGCGCAGAUGGCUAGCUACAAAGGGCAAAACAGUCAAGGUUCAGGAAGUAGAUGCCGGAGAUCAAGAGACCGACUGGGAGAGCGAGGACGACGAGGAUGAUGAGGAUGAUGAUGUUGAAAUGGAUGAAGCGCCUGCUCUAGUUGCAGCGCCUAAGGAGAAGCCACCUCCAGAGGUAGACGAGGACGGCUUUACAAAAGUUACACGAAAGAAGCGCUGA